AAUACUGUGGGUUUAAAAGUUUGUGGGAGCCUUUCAUUGGUCCAAAGAUCCAAAAACCUCCAAUGACAUCUCUACAACUCCAUUUGAAUGGGAUAUGAAAAGCUUCUCCACAAAAUCCCUAUCCCUUCCAGACCAAACCCAACAAACAAAACGCAAACAAAAACACAGCAUAGCCCAAGAUGAAGAAGAAGAAGAUGAAGAUAACGAAGAAAAAGCUAGAUGCGAAUGGGAUUUCAAGCUCUCCACCAUUGUCUCUUCAAGCACGUCCAUUGGAGCUGUUUCCGACACCCUCGGAGCAAUCGAAUUGGAUCCCUCAGAUACCUUGGUAGCCACGGGUGGCAUAGCAAGAAAGAUUAGAGUUUAUAGUUUAAGCACUUUGUUGCCUGAUGAAGAAGAACACGUUGACAACGUUAGUAGUACUACGUUGUUAGACCACGCCAGUGCAUGUGACUAUUACGUGUGCACCCCAGCAAAGCUUAGCAGCCUGAGAUGGAAACCCGGGUCGGGCAAUCGGGUCCUGGGGUCUGGGGACUAUGAUGGGGUUGUGAUGGAGUAUGACCUCGAGAGGAAAAUACCCAUUUUUGAGCGUGACGAGCAUGGCGGGCGCCGGGUCUGGAGCGUGGACUAUUCGCAUUGGGAUCCGGUUAUCGGAGCGUCCGGGUCGGACGAUGGAACCAUGCAAAUAUGGGACCCACGUUAUGAAGGUGGGAAAUGUGUGGCUACGGUGCAGCCUAGCGUGUCACGUAGUCCUGUUUGUUCUGUGGAAUUCAAUCCAUUUGGUGGGGCAUUAGUUGCCGUUGGAUGUGCUGACCGGAGGGCUUACGGGUAUGAUGUUAGAAACUUGGGUGACCCGGUUGUGGUUUUUGAUGGGCAUGGUAAAACAGUUACUUAUGUUAGAUUUCUUGAUGAUCAUAUGAUUGUUUCGGCUGGGACUGAUGGGUGUUUGAAGCUGUGGAAUGUUGAUGAUUCUACACGUGUGAUUCGCACGUACAAAGGGCACGUGAAUAGCCGGAGCUUCGUCGGGUUAUCCGUGUGGAGAAAUGGUGGGUUACUCGGAUGCGGGUCGGAAAAUAACCGGGUUUUUGUGUAUGAUAAGAGGUGGGGUGAACCCAUAUGGGUGCAUGGGUUUGAGCCAGUGACUGGACCCAGGUGUGACCAUGGGUUUGUUAGUAGUGUGUGUUGGGGCCAAGUUGGGGAGGACCAAUGUACACUUUUGGCAGGAGGAUCAGAUGGGGUUUUGCAAGUUUUUGUGGGCAAAAGGAAGUUGUUUUCAUAUUAGUAAUUGCUUUUGACCCACUUUCCUUCAAUAUUGUUUGGGAAUUUUUAAUCAUAUAGAGAGUUGUGCACGCAAUUUUUUUUUUUGAAUAAAGAUAAAAGGAAAAAGAAAGAUAGGCCAUUUUGCUCAGCUUUUAUCACUUCUGCUAACAAAUGUUUUAGAGAUGUAACUACAUUUAUAGCUCUGUGAUGUGAAUUGUCCUUCCUAAAUCCUAAUCGAUACUCGGCCU